UCGAUAUUAUGAUACUUAAUUGUGCUCUUAAUUGUUUGUUAAGUUUUAACAUAAAAUUCAUCAGAGGUUUGUCAUUUGGAUAGAUAGAUAUGCUUUUAUAAGGCAUAUUAUAUAAAUGUUAAACAUGGGCUUACAAUGUUAUGACGAAAUGUAGAUUGUACUUCCUAGAUUGUACUUCAUACAUCAGAUACAUAUAUUCUAAAUUACUUUUUAUGCCACGUUGAAGUUUUUUGUUUGUUUGUUUGUUUUUUUAAGGAACAUGUCCUUUAUCCCAUACUUCCUUCUACUUCUUUGGCCUUUACCAGCAGAAAGCAUUAUUUUAGUUACAUUACUGACACCUAAUGUUCCUUUUACACAGGGAAAUGUUUAACUUAGAUGGUUCAGAAACUAACUCAUUAAGACAGGACAUAACAAACAGUCAGAGGGCAGAAUCAGGGCGGAACAAUAAACCGUAAUGUAAGGUGUGGAUCAUACGGCUAUCUUAAAAUGACAGAGAUGAUUGUUAAAUUGUUAUAAAUUUUUUUUUGGAACUUCUCAAACUGAGGGUUUUGGGGAUAGCUUUUUUGGUGAAAAAUAUAGUAUGUCUUUUCUUCGCUGAGAUGUCAUUGUCCAGCAAAUAUGUUUGGUUUUUUUUUCCACAGUUGUGACCUGUCAGGCUCGUACAGCAUAACCAUGUGGCCAAAUCCAGGACCUCCCCUACCUAUCGGAGGAAUGAACCCUGCCUUCCCUCCUGGAUACAACCCAGCAUACCAUACGAGCACUGCAUAUCCUGCUUUUCCUGCCAACCCUGCAUACCCUCCAAACAUUCAUUUUCCGGGACAUUCUGCACAUUCUCCAGGACUUUAUCCUCAGCCUCCAAAUCCAGCAUACCCACCUCACCAAUACCCAGCUGCUAUGAACCCUGCAAUGUUACCAAAUGGACCUCCAGGUGUGAUGCCGUACGGAGCUCCCCAACCACAUCUGUACCCCCCUGGUCCACAUGGGUGUCCACGUAUCCCUCCUCCAGGUGUUUAUCCACACGGAUACCCACGUUCACCAAAAUGGGGUCACCACAAAGGGUAUUACCACGGAGGUGCAAACACUGUAUCUGGAGCAGUGGCUGGAGGGUUGACAACAAUGGUGAUGGGAGCUGUGACACACAAAGUCAACAAGAAGAUGAGGAAGAAGAUGAAGAAAGCACACAAAUGGCACAAGCAUGGCUACUAUUGCAAGUCCUCCAGCAGCAGCAGCAGCAGCAGCGACUCAGACUGAAGUGAACUGUCGAAGAAAAAGGAAUGCUUCUUAACAGUAUCAGUUCUAAUAUUUUCUUCGACAUAUGUAAAUACUUACUGGACCUACUGGACUAGAUCUACACUGGAAAGAUAAACCGAGAAAUGGAGUUGAACAUAUGUGCAUUCGUGUUCUUUUUCCUAUUUACACAUAAGAGUUUUUUUUAAUGUUGUGUAACUGGAAAUGUAUGAAACAAAAAUCCCCUAAAGCUCUACAAAGUACUUAUUAAAUAUAUUUAAAACAAUUUAAAAAUUGUAAA